AUGGAGCCCGAAAUGUUACCAAAGGACAAGGCAGAAGACAAAUUUGGCGAGGCCGAACCAGACCAAGGGAUCGGGCAAAUCGAUCAUGUCAAACACUAUGGUAACCGGUCUGUUACCUUCUUUGGGUCACUAGCAACUGCAGCGUCCCUUGCGGAAUUGGUAUCCAUGUUCCCCACUGCAGGAGGCCAGUAUCACUUCAUCAGCAAGAUGGCUCCACUGCGCAUUGGGAAAGGCCUAAGCUGGGCUGUCGGCUGGAUCACCACUUUCGGAUGGAUCGCCGUUGCAGCAAGUGCUCCUUUUCUAUCUGGUACAAUGAUCCAGGGUUUGUUAGUCUUGAAUUACGACGAUUAUGUGUUCCAGAGGUGGCAUGGUACAUUGAUAUUCUGGGUAAUAUUGGUAAUUUCGGCGAUUGUUAACAUUCAGGGAAGUCGUGUGCUUCCCUUAGUUGAAAAUCUCUCGCUGGGGUUCCAUGUGGUAGCAUUCAUAAUUGUUCUUGUCGUGAUAUGUGUGGUAUCGCCCACAAAGCACGUACCAGAGUUUGUAUUCGUGGACACUAUUAACAAUUCAGGCUGGGGAAGUAAUAGUAUCGCCUGGUGUGUGGGCAUGCUGUCUAGCUGCUAUGUCGUUGUUGGAUACGAUGGAGCUAUUCACCUUUGCGAAGAAAUGAAAAGUCCCAGGACAGAUAUUCCUAUCGCAAUGAUCGGCACUAUACUAAUAAAUGGAACGAUGGGGCUUGGGUUCCUGGUAGCCAUCUUGUUUUGCAUGGGCGAUCUCAAUUCUGCCCUUAACACAACAACCGGCUUUCCCAUAAUUGGGAUAUUCUAUAAUAUCACUCGAAACAGUCGCUCUGCGACAGCAUUAUGCAGCACUGUAGUCAUAAUGGCUGGGCUAGCAUCAAUCCCGUUAUUGACUUCAGCUAGUCGGAUGGUUUGGGUUCUUGCAAGAGACAAGGCAUUCCCUGCUAGUAGUUGGCUAUCGAGAAUCGAUGAGAGCCGGCAAGUUCCCACAAUUGCCGUUACAUUUACAUCUUUCCUUUUAGGGCUGUUGGGUCUUAUCAAUAUCGGUUCCACCUCGGCUUUCAAUGCCAUAGUAUCGUUGGCGGUGUUUGGGCUUGAGAUAUCAUAUCUCAUACCAAUAUGCCUUCUGCUCUAUCAGCGAGUGAUGUCCCCUGAAAGUAUUUCUCCCGGUCCAUGGUCCAUGGGACGUUAUGGAAUAGGGGUCAAUGUCCUGUCAAUUGGCUUUCUUGUCUUUACUUGCAUAUUCUUACUGUUUCCGCCAUAUCAGCCUGUUACGGCGGCAAAUAUGAACUACGCAUCCUUAGUUUUUGGCGCUGUCUGUAUUUUCAGUGGCGUAUAUUGGCUAUGCAAAGGUCGGUGGGUGUACGAGGGUCCUGUUCUUCCGCAGUUCGAAGAUUAG